UCCAGCGCAGGCUCUUGGGAUAUGUCCCCCCCCACCUCGUCCCCACAGGUUUCUUGGACCCAGCGCUUCUUGGUCACCAGGGAUCUCCUGCCCAGUCAUGCCACUGACCGUGGCAGCUCUGAGCUCCUCGUCCUUGUCCCUCUCCUGCUCCUUUCUCUCCUCACACAGAGACACGGACACCGGUGCCCACGCAGCUGCACCCUCCCUGUCUGUGUCUCAUCUUUUUCUCUUUUAACGCCCUGAUCUAUGCUGUCCUCGUGUCUCCUCACUCCACUCAGGCUCUGUCCCCAUGCUCAGGUCUGUUGUCCUGCCUGCCUCUCUCCCUCUGCCCGUUCCUUCUCUUCCUGCCCGGGCCCUGCCCUCCUCCCUCCCUCAUCAUCUGCUGCUUGCUGCUUCUCUUGUUCACUCGUGGGGCUCUGCUGAGAGCACACGGGAGCACGCUCUUGCGUUCUCUCCCUCGCCUCAGCUGCUGACCCUGUGGCUGCUGCCCGCACCACGCCCUGUCCCUUGCUGUUCAAGAAGCCUGGGCCUGGGUGGCUUCAUUUGGAGGUUCCUGGGGUAUCUGGUGGAGAGAACCCCGGUCAGUGCAUUUCCUCCCAGGGGUGAGUUGGCAGCAGGCCGCUCUGUUUCGUCACUUCUGCAAUUGCCAGACGGCAGCACAGAGGCUGGGGCCAGAGCCGGACAGAGAGAGGGCGACGCUAGAGCCGAGCUGCUGCUGUUGCCAUUGUCGCAGACACUGCCAGGACCCUAUGAGCAGCUGACUUUUAGAGCCCGGAGCCAUGGAGUUAAAUAGCUCUUCCCGUGUGGAUUCUGAGUUUCGAUACACCCUCUUCCCAGUUGUUUAUAGUAUUAUCUUUGUGCUGGGGAUCAUCACAAAUGGCUAUGUGCUGUGGGUCUUUGUCCACCUGUACCCUUCCAAGAAACUAAAUGAGAUAAAGAUCUUCAUGGUGAACCUCACUGUGGCUGACCUUCUUUUCCUAAUCACCUUGCCACUGUGGAUCAUCUACUACUACAACCAGGGCAACUGGAUUCUACCCAAAUUCCUUUGUAACCUGGCUGGCUGCCUCUUCUUCAUUAACACCUACUGCUCUGUGGCCUUCCUGGGAGUGAUCACCUAUAACCGCUUCCAGGCAGUAAGAUAUCCCAUCAAGACCGCUCAGGCCACCACCCGUAAGCGUGGCAUCACUUUGUCCUUGGUCAUCUGGGUAGCCAUUGUGGCUGCCGCAUCGUACUUCCUUGUCAUGGACUCCACCAACAUAGUGCCUGAUAAGGCAGGCUCGGGCAACAUCACGCGCUGCUUUGAGCAUUAUGAAGAGGGCAGCAAGCCUGUCCUCAUCAUCCAUAUCUGCAUUGUGCUCGGCUUCUUCCUCGUCUUCCUCCUCAUCCUCUUCUGCAACCUGGUCAUCAUCCGUACACUGCUCAUGCAGCCGGUGCACCAGCAGCACAAUGCUGAGGUCAAGCGCCGGGCUCUGUGGAUGGUCUGCACGGUUCUGGCGGUGUUCAUCAUCUGCUUUGUGCCCCACCACAUGGUCCAGCUGCCCUGGACCCUGGCUGAGUUGAGGAUGGGGCUGAGAAGCAAUCACCAGGCUAUUAAUGACGCACAUCAGGUCACCCUCUGCCUGCUUAGCACCAACUGUGUCUUAGAUCCUGUCAUUUACUGUUUCCUCACCAAGAAGUUCCGCAAGCACCUCAGCGAAAAGCUUCAUGUCAUGCGCAGCAGCCGGAAAUGCUCCCGAGCCACCACUGACACAGGGACAGAUGUGGCCAUGCCAAUCAACCACAUUGCUGUUAAUUCCAUCAAAAAUUAGUCCUGCUGGCUGGGGUCAGGCCUGAAGUCUUCUCUUUCAUGGGCAUCUUGGACAAGCUUGGAGGAAGAAGAGCUGUCUGCCUCAGUCACCUCCUCCUUGGGCACUGGUGGCUCAUGAAGUAUAAAGGCUACCUCAUGCAGGCAGGGAAGCUGGCAGUGUUGGACUCCUGGGAAAUCCAGAACUUGAAUGAGCACCUUCCUCCACAUAGGAACACAUCGUGACCUCACCCUGGGCCCCUGGGUCUGAUGGGACUAGGAGGAGUAGGAUAGUCAGGGGGCAGACUCUGAUCAUCCAACUGGGUAGCAGGCUGAAGCCUUGGGCAAUGACGCCCGAGGGCUAACAGCAGGGUGGGAAAGCACUAAAGGCUGUGGAAGUGGCCUGGUAGAAUCUUCUGAUUCAGCCAGCAAACCUGUCCCAAGUGACAACUACAGAAGAGAAAACAGGACCAGAGCAAAAGCUAGGAUGGGGUUUGUUUCCUAUACAGGACUUGCCUCAGGCCUGGUCAGCCCUGAGGGGCUGGAAGAGAGACAGCCUCUCCUUCAUUCUUUGCUUCAAUAACAGACCUUGAGUAAAGACCUUCUGUGGGGCAGAAAGUCCCCUAAGAGCAAAAUUUGAGAGCAUUCUGGCUAGUGCAACUCAAAGUCCAGAAGCUUCCGUGCAAGCAGCACUUGGGUAAGGAAGAGCCUGAGGUCUCUGGGUGGGAGAAGUCGCUUUCUGGGAGGCCUCUCCUAGCCUAACUUCCAGGAGGUGGACGGGACAGUUACAGCUGCACAAGCUGGAGGGUGUCAGCUUCUCUUGAACAUCUCUAGAUACCUGCUUGCCAUUCUUGGCAAGCAUUCAAAUAAAGUGUGCUCUCCUUCCCUACUUGCAGUGUGAGACUGAGAUGUGGGACUUGGAGGAGCUUUUCCCUGGUGUCCAGUGUUCAUCUGAGAGCUCUUCCUUCUAGCCAGUGUCCCAUAAACUUGGGACUCUUAUUUCCUGCCUGUCAGGCAAGCACUGGAUAGCUGAUUUUGAUACAUAUCUCCCCAAGGGCUAGCAACCUGCUGGGGUCUGUGAGGGUUAGCUGUGAGCUAACCCUAGCUGAUGGUGACCAGAACAGGUGGCCAGAGCAGCACACUCAAACUUUGGUGUCACACAGACCCAAGUUAAGUCUUGGCUUUGUCACUUAUUGCCAAGUGACUGGGGACUGAAUUUUCUACCUCUUAGUGUGAGGUAAAACCUACCUCAUUGGGGUGUUCUGAGCAGCAAAUGCCGAGAAAGACACCUCUUGGUCAGGGCGACUGCUCCUCCUGGGCCCUCCCCUCUUCUGAGGACUUGGACCCUUCAGGCCUCCAGAGGAAGCUGAAAGAGUAAGAGGUGGCCAUCUGGAUUCAGGGAUGCUGCUUCAGGCUUUGCAGGCCACUUAGCUGAGGACCUAUGAACUGUGGAGCUGUGAGCGUGUGUGUGUGUGUGUGUGUGUGUGUGUGCACACGCAUGCACGUGUGCGUGUUCACACACAGGCACUACAUCUGUACAUUUGUGACGGAGUCAGUGGUUCUGCUCACAGAGAAAAUUUUCAGAGCAAAGCAGAAGGCUGCAAGAACAACAGGAGCAUAGAGGGAAAAGGGGACAGAUCCUGCAGGGGUCUGCUGGGUGACCAUCCUCUGCACACCUUCCAUUGUCCCUGGACACCUUCCCUUAUCCUGUUUAAGCUGCUUUGAAUGAGUGUCUGUUAUGACCAGAAAUGCAGUCCCCAAAGCACAUGUCUGUGUCCUAGGAAUGCCCAUUAUUUCUUGAACAUCAGUCCUUUGCUUGCAAGCUCUGUGAUGUCCAUGUAUCAGCUCUAUGUUUACAUA